UUUACCACAGACUUACCACUUUACUUGUAUAUCUGGGAGUUUUCGAGUGCUGUACUGUAUAUAUUCACAGUUUCACACGUAUUUUUGUUGACUUCCAUUAUGGUAUAAAUGAGCCAGUAGUCAAAACAGUACGAUCUGAUGUUUCCAAGUUUUGUAUGAUGUUCCUUUAAACUGGUUUUUCAGUUUUUGCUUGACGGCCUGAGAGCUAUACUAUUUGUCAUAAGUGAAACAUUCUCGAUCAUUUUAGUGGUCUGCCAGCAGUAAUCUGUAAUCAUCACAGCGUAAAGUUUCGCGCAUACUCUGCAAAGCCAGGUAAAUCGUUUGCUUCUUCCUUCUGCUUCGGGGCGCUGAAAGUGUUAAGAAUAUAACGAAUUGAUUCCACCGAAAGAAAGAAGGAACAACCAGUCUCCUGGUUUUUGAAUUGACGGUGUCAUGGGACUGAUAGGAAACCACUGAUCGUAGCAUUCUUCCUUUGGAAUACUGCUGUUUUAUUCGUGUCUGUGAAUUUACGAUCAUCCAACGGAGAGAACGAUGAAGUUUUGUGUCGUGCCUAUAAACACACGGCUUGUUUAUGUGAUUAUACAUUGUUUCCUCUGCUUGUUAACCGAUGGCAGGAAGCAUCGUUUGAUUCUCGAGAAUGAUGAUCGACACUACAUUCUGGCAAGUUCUUUUGGAUUCCAACGUGGCGGACUGCUGACAUUGACGGUUUCUGGAUUUCAUGCAUUUAGCGCGAAUUCACCUGAACAGUUCAAUGGCACUACAAAGGGCAGACAUGGAUUCACAAUCGACAAAAGCCGUAACUUUGAAGUUGCGAAUUAUUUUGAGAAAAAUCAGGAAGCAUGUAUAUUUGGGGAGAACGAUAAACCGCGCUUGGACAAUUCCACAGCGAUGAUUUUGGUGGAAAUUAUACCUGAUGGGCCCAAUGAAAUAGCUCGUGUUAUUGUGAAUAAACAACCCAGUGGAGGAAGUAUCGAUGGAGUAGACAUAUUCAGCUGCUCGCAAACUUUGGUAGAACUAAAACUCGUUGACCACUUGGUGGACGAUGAAAAGGGCCAAAGCCUGUCCGUAUCACAACAGGCUCGAGAUGCCAGUUAUCCUGAACUGCAUAGCUGCUCUGCUCUGGAGAAUGGCAACAAGGCUAAACUGAUCAAACGCGAUUUUAAGUAUUACUUUAGCAUUGCCAUUUGGCUGGGCAACGUGGAGAACGAAGGAGCUUACAGUGUAUUCUACCACAAUUGUCCAAAUUAUGAGAACCGUAAAGCUACCCGGUCGUCAUUGACGAUUGAUAUAGUCGAAAGAAAUGGGAACGAUUAUCUUGCUGUUGGAGAACGUUUUUCUCCAACUGUGUAUUUUAUUAUGGCGUUCCUGUUUUUGGCGACGGCUUUUGUAUGGGGCUGGAUCUUGCACACGGCGAAACGAGAUGUUUAUAAAUUGCAUUAUGUGAUGCUGAUUCUCGUGUUUCUGAAAGCGGCUUCGCUGCUCUGCCACGGAGUAAAUUAUCACUUCAUUAGCGCUUUAGGAGCACCCCUUGAAGGAUGGGCGAUUUUAUUCUACAUAACACACUUAUUAAAGGGUGCGUUGCUGUUCAUCACACUUGUUCUUAUUGGGACCGGAUGGGCUUUCAUAAAAAAUUUCCUAACCAGCAAGGAGAAGAAGAUUUUUAUCAUCGUUAUACCUUUUCAGGUUCUGGCAAAUAUUGCUUACAUUAUUUUGGAAGAGUCUGAGACGGGGGAUUACCGGUAUACCAUGUGGGGAUAUAUUUUUAUGCUGGUGGAUUUCUUUUGCUGCGGAUGCAUCCUGAUUCCCAUAGUAUGGUCAAUUCGGCAUCUCAGCGAAGCGGCCAGCACGGAUGGAAAAGCUGCAUCGAAUUUGCAAAGAAUGCGACUUUUUCGAAGAUUUUAUAUGCUGGUUGUCUGCUACAUUUACUUCACAAGGAUAGUGGUUAUGAUUUUCGACAUGACCGUGCCCUUCCGUUAUACAUACCUGAACACAGUCUUUCGUGAAGGAGGAACAUUUAUUUUCUUCCUUCUCACUGGAUACACUUUCCGCCCUACGUUGGAAAAUCCGUACUUGCUACUUUCGCAAGAAGAUGCUGACAAUGAUAAUGAUGACGUGGAAAUGGAUGAUGUUGUGGUGUAUGACCGCAAACACAAUUCUGAUCAGAUCACACUCCGCAGCUCAGCAAAAGGUGACGAUGCCGAAUCCCGAGCGAAUUUGAUAGUAUGAAAUCAAGCAUGUGGAUUGUUUUAAUUUUGUAGCACACUUUCUCAUCGCCGUGAACGUUCUGUUAAAAAUGACUUGUCUGAAUGUCUUAAAGCAUAUAAACUCUUGAAUAGUUUACGAUAAAAAUAUCGUAAUAUGAACAGUUACAGUAUAUUACAGUUUUACACGUGCACCAGUGCCUAGUUUGAAUGCGGUUCGUUCGUCGUUUUAUCUGUGCGCUAGUUUUGUUUCAGCAUCCGUGAUGAUAAACGGAAACGUACAGUAGCUUUCAGUCGUCAGGAAUGUAUUUUGGAGUAAAUGUAACCAUAUCGUG